AUGGACGCCUACUUUAACAGCGACUGUGGUCAGCCGUUCGUGAAGGAGUACAUUGGAACCACUUUAGCAGUGAUUCUACAGAGCGCUGCUGCUCUAGCUUUGCUGCUGUUUCGCUGGAACAUGGAUCGAUCGGAAGCUAUGACCAUUCAAGUUCCAUCGCGGCUUCAAGGCUCACAAAUAGAGAAGAGUGUUGCUGGAUAUUACUUGUUACGAAAGCCACAGAGAUACAAUCCCAAUCAGCUUCUGGUUCGAGCAGUAAAGCCAAGUUCAGGGGGUUCUGAGGUUCUUCAACGAGUUGAGCUCCUUGACCAAAUCGGUCUAUCCAGCAUUGUGCAUGAGUCCUUCUGCGGUGCUUAUUUCCUGUUGCUCUUUGUAUUCAUGUGCCCAAGUGAAAGUAGCCUACGGCCAGCCUCUUCGCCACCUUCGACGUAUUCGUACAAGCUUAGAGACAGGCUACGGCCAGUGCUGAACGAGGCGAAGGUCUCUAGUCGCUCGCCAUUACCUGGUAUUGUCUUAUAUCUUCAAGAUCGAGAAUUCCGGCUGCCCUUGACCAGGACUACAUCAGCACCGUCUCAUGCAGCACUAAUGACUUGCCUUAGAUGUGGGAGAUCAGACCUAUGGGUAGGCUAUGAGCAUCAGCAGGCACAGGAUCAACUUGAGGUGCUCUCCUCCAGCUUAGGAGAGGGCCAAGAUCUCACUUACAGACGGACAGAAAAUACAUCGGUGGUUCUAGAGGAAAUCCCAACAUCCCUUGCGAAGUUCUUAGUGGUGAGCCAGAAUGGUCGACAGCCCUGGUUCCUGACCAUGCUUAGCUUCGCUAAAGCAUCGAAGGUUCCAGCAUGCCUCUACCUUGUUGCCAUUUGCUGCAAUUUCUGCGGCGUUGCUUCCCCUUUACACCUAAUCAUCGGCCUCACAGCAUGGCCUAAGGCGAAUCUCUCAAACACCUCAAAAUCGGACCUGCUUCCGUUGUCUCCUCUGAAUACAUCAUCACCUUCUCCACCACAGAAAAACACUUACUCGCAUUAUCCACACCCACAAGCAGGAUUAAAGGUUCAAGAUAAAGUGGGAAAGCAAAAAAGCCCACAGCUCCUUCUCCACCACUAUCAAAGAUUCGCGCCGACUUUACAUCCAACUUCAACCCUCGGCAUCCCGGCCCGUCAGACAGACAGACUAGGCAGACAGGGGAAUAACAACUCGUUCUUCUGUUUAGGAAGCUUUGAUAACAUCUUUACUUUGGACCAUGCUCAUUACCGUACAUACCGUACCGUUUUAGAACCCCCAAAAACGGUCUCCUGGGCUCUGGUCAUAGCAAAUGGCUCAACGCUUUCUCUCUUCUGUGAGAACUCGCAAGACACACACGAUGACCAUGGAGCGGCAACCAAGCCCACCGUUCAUCCGCCCUAUCAGGUCUCCGAGCUCGUCAAUAGCCAGCCCGAUAUCAAAGCUCUUCCGCGCUCCCCCAAAAUAUCUCGUCUCGACUCCAAGGGGCUCCACCUCCAGGUACAAAUCUCCAAGACCUCUCACACGGAACAUUGCAAGAUCCUGAGAACUAGAACGCCUCAAACACGUACUCCACCCGUGACCUUACACAUCCACCCUCACACGAACAUCACCUUCCAAAACGACAGCCCCGGUACCCCUCCUUUCGCAUAUACGAAGAGCGGCCAAAGUGACAUACAGACCUCACCCAAACACACGCGCACACACGGAAGAGGCGAGACGAACCUGAGGCACAUGCGGCUACUGCGAAAGAGAUCCAUCCGUCCGUCCGUCCGUUCGCCUCCACCUCAAAGGAGGAGACCUAUGUUCGUGCUUCGAACACGAGGCCAGACGAAGACGAAGAGAGGCACACACUUCGCCUUCGCCGUCACUUUCCGCACUGACAUGAAGUUCUUCCUCCUCCUCUGCACCCGAUCGCAUCUCACCCCUUCCUUGCCUGGCGACAGACAAACGCAAGGCACCUCUCGAUUCAAUCUCAAUCUCAAUCUGACAAUCUGCCUUACCAUUUCAGCUUCAUCUGACGCAAAUCAGAAACCUGGGUCGACAGUCUCUCGAUCCGGACGGAGCUCGCGUGGUGAAAAAGGAUGGGGUACGGAGUUGAAAGCGAACAAGACCGAGCCACAGGAAUUUGACUCACAUGUCACAAUGGCCAGCACAGACGGUUCCAUGCAAGGUCCGUCCAUCUUGUCGGACCAAGGCGCUUCGAAUUUUUUGUCGUGGGUAUUUUCUUCUCGUGUUCUUGUCUGGAGCGACGGGUAUAACUGGGUAUCAAAGCAUCAAAGCAGGAUACUUUGGAACGGAAUCACCUCCCGCCAAUUUUCGCCUUCCGAUGCGUGUGCUGUGUAA